ACAAAUCGCAGUCUCGUUUACACGUGUGGAAAUCAAUUUCAUUUUUUUCUGAUUCUAAAAUUUUUCAGAGAGAAAAAUGUCUGGGCGAGGAAAGGGAGGAAAGGGAUUGGGAAAGGGAGGAGCAAAGAGGCACAGGAAGGUUCUCAGGGACAAUAUUCAGGGAAUCACGAAGCCGGCGAUUCGUCGUUUAGCGAGAAGAGGUGGUGUGAAGCGUAUUAGCGGAUUGAUCUACGAGGAGACUCGCGGUGUUCUCAAGAUCUUUCUCGAGAACGUGAUUCGCGACGCCGUCACUUACACUGAGCAUGCUCGCCGGAAGACUGUAACGGCGAUGGAUGUUGUCUAUGCGUUGAAGCGACAAGGACGAACGCUCUACGGAUUCGGCGGCUGAGAGGAUGGAAUCGGAUUUUUGUAAAGCACGUCUGUUUUCUUUUAGGUUUUUGUUGAUUCGGGAGUUUAUGAUCUCUGUCAGAUGUUGUUAGGGUUUCGUUUGAAUGUUUGAAUGAUUUUAGUUGAAUGAAAAACGCUUAUUUGAUUCGUCA